AAGGAACCUUGAGAGGAACCAGACUCAACAGGGAACCCAUCCUCAUCUGGGUGAUAACGGAUAGCAGGGAUUGAUCUGCACUCAUACUGUGUGUUAGGAGGCUGGAAGUUCAGUAUAACAGGAGAUGUGGAGAAGUUCAUAUGGAGUCCAGUUGGUUAUUGGAGGCUCAGGUAGACUGUAGGAAACUCCAGUCCUGAACUAUGGAGUGACUGCAGGUCCAGAGGACAGAGGGGUCUGAGAGACAUGUGGAGCUCGAAUCCUAUCUGUCUGUCUCAUUGGAAUGUCACAUUCCUGCUUAUGAGCUCAUCUGGAAUUUACAUUUUUGUCCACAUUGCAGAUGGUGUGUGUGUGUGUUGUGUGUGUGUGAGAGAGAGAGGAGAAUAAUGUUGAGAAAAUUAUAAGUCUAUAAAAGCACUGGCGCCAUCUAGCGGUCAUAAAAAGGAACACCAUGGAGACAUGUUUACUUCACACAUUGUAGUAUAAAUAUUUAAUUUCAAAUAAAAGAUAAUGAAUAUAAUAAAUGAUAAAGUACAGGUGAUUGACAUCCAUGUAUGUACACUGCGUGUUAGAUGUGUUGUACUGAGCACCAGCCUACAGAGAGAUACUGCACCUGCAUAGAAGAGGGGGGCCAAUAGUUUUGAUGUUCUGACGUUUCACUGAAUAAUCUCGGCAUUUUAAUAGGACGUUUAAAACUGUAUUUUAUGUAAUCGAAAAAAAGUGCACUGGACAGAGUGGCCUUGUGUGAAGUGCACUAGAAAGCCAUGUUGGUUUAUGACGUCAUCGGUGAAACCCGCCAAUAGAGGAAAAGUUUUAAGUAACUCUGAUCUGGGAUCGGCGGUGACGUCAUGAAGUGAGCGCGAGUACGAUAAACCCGGAAGUAGCGCGGAGUCAAGAGAAACAACAUCAAAGAGGAGUUUAUACACUGAGUACUGACCACUGGAGUACUGUGUGUGUGUGUGUGUGUGUGUGUGUGAGGGGGUGAAGUGUGUGUAUGUGCAGUGUGUGUAUAGUUUGUGAGGUUUAAUACACUAGUUGGUGUGUUUGUGUAAAGUGUGCAGGAGGCACCUCCCUGCUCAGUGAGUGUGUGUGUGUGUGUGUUUUUAAUCUUCCCUCCUCAACUGUGAGAUGGGCUGCUGUGGGAGUACAGGGAAAGCUCGAGACUGGAAGCCGUUAGAGGACCGGCGCUGUACAGACGUCCCCUGGCUCGUCCUCUUCGCUUUAUUCAACAUAGGAAUGCUCUUCAUUUGUGGCUUCGCCAUAUCGACCGGCGCCGCCUCCAGACUCGUCUCAGGGUACGACAGUUACGGGAACAUCUGUGGCCAGAGGAACGCCGAAAUCCCCGGGAUCGAGCUCAGCGGCCGCGACCAGACCGCCAACAAGUUUGUGUUUUUCCUCGACCCCUGUAACAUUGACAUAGUGAAGAGGAAGAUCAGGUCUGUGGCUCUGUGUGUCUCCAAAUGUCCAGAGACACAACUACAGUCUUAUGAAGACCUCAGGAAGUUUGCAGAGACCAACGGAUCUCGUCUGUGUUCCUAUGAGCUCAGUCCUGACCGCUAUCCUGUGGAUCCGUCCAAAGACACACAAUGUCCCAAACUUCCUGUUCCACCCAGUCAGUCUCUACCCAUCUUCCACCGCUGCACUCCAGCAGACAUCUCCUGCUUCUCCAAGUUUGCAGAGGCGCUCAUCACCUUCGUCAGUGACAACAGUGUUCUGCACAGGGUCAUCGCCGGGGUCAUGACCUCUAAGGAGAUCAUCUUGUUGCUGUGUUUACUGUCGCUGGUCCUGUCCAUCAUCCUGAUGGCGGUGAUCCGCUUCAUCUCCGUGGUCCUGGUGUGGCUGCUCACUGCCGUCGUGGUCGUCGGUUCUUUAGGUGGGACGGGGAUUCUCUGGUGGCUCUACGUGGAUCACAGAAACGCCGCCAACGCCACUCUCCCCGCUAACGAGCUAGCCGUGGCUCUGGAUAACCAGAAGGCGCUGCUGAUCUACGCCGUAGCGGCGACGGUGUUCACGGCGGUCCUCCUGCUGCUGCUGUUCUUCAUGAGGAAGCGUGUAGCUCUGACCAUCGCUCUGUUCCGCGUGGCCAGUAAAGUGUUCGGGUCGCUGCCCCUGCUGGUCCUGCAGCCGUUCUGGACCUUCCUCACGCUCAUGUUCUUCUGGGUCUACUGGAUCACCGUGCUGCUCCUCCUCGGCACCGCGGGGAGUCCAGUGAAGAAUAACCAGACGGGUCUGGUGGAGUUCCAGAUGGACGGGACGUUACAGUACAUGGUGUGGUACCACGCGGUCGGGCUCAUCUGGAUCUGUGAGUUUAUUCUGGCCUGUCAGCAGAUGACCAUCGCAGGAGCCGUCGUCACGUACUACUUCACCAGGGAUAAGUCCCGCCUCCCCCUGACGCCCAUCCUGUCCUCCGUCCUGCGUCUGAUGCGGUAUCACCUCGGCACGGUGGCUAAAGGAGCCUUCAUCAUCACUCUGGUGGAGUUCCCUCGCCUCGUCCUCACGUACAUACAGAGUCAGCUCAGAGGCAGCGAGAACGCCUGUGCUCGCUGUAUGCUGAGAGCGUGUGUGUGCUGCCUGUGGUGUCUCGAGAAGUGCCUCAGUUACCUCAACCAGAACGCCUACGUGGCCACGGCCAUUAACAGCACCAGCUUCUGCUCGUCCGCUCGAGACGCCUUCAUCAUCCUGGCGGAGAACGUGCUGCGUGUGGCCACCAUCAACUCGGUCGGGGACUUCGUCCUCUUCCUGGGGAAGAUCCUGAUCGUGUCGUGCACGGCGUUCGCGGGCGUGUUGGCUCUGAAUUACCAGCGCGAGUACACGGUGUGGGUUCUGCCGCUGAUCAUCGUGUGUGUGUUCGCCUUCCUGGUGGCGCACUGCUUCCUGUCGGUGUUCGAGAUGGUGGUGGACGUCCUCUUCCUGUGUUUCGCCAUCGACACCAAGUACAACGACGGCAGCCCCGGCAGGGAGUUCUACAUGGACAAGGCCCUCAUGGAGUUUGUGGAGGACAGCAGGAAGGCGGAGGCUCAGGGCAGGAGAGUGGAGGGCGGAGACAGCCGCGAGAUGAAGCCCAUGACGUCAGGAGGGACUUUAGCCUGAACACACACACACACACACACACACACACACACCUGAGCAUGUGCUACUGACUCGACCUCGACACUCCAGGGAUGUUGAUAUUCUUUCUAAACGGUUAAUGAAGCCGCGAGACGCGACGCCGCCGCUAUGCACCUGUACAGACCGGCGCCUUCUACAAACUGUUAGCAAUAAUGUUUUGUACAUUUUUAGUCGUUUUUUUUUUUAUACUUAUUUUUUUUGUACAUCCAGUUUUUAUAACGCUGUGGUAAGUUUACGCUGUGUGUUAUUCAGAGACGCAGUGUGUAUUUACUUCAAUAAUAAACUAAUUAGCUUAAAGGGUUUAUAGCUGAUAACCAGCGUAUCGUGUGUCUAAGAAUAAACGUUUGUUGUUGUUGUUACACUAACCUCAGCUCAGGCUGUGACCUACCGCUCUGUGUGUGUAUGAUGUCAUUAUGGUGCUUUGUUUACAUACUACUGCUUUUAUAAAUACACUCCAAACACA